GUGUCGCUCAACCCGCUCCCCAACUCUGCGAAACUCCGCUUUACUCCGUGGGAUCUGAGCUUGCCCUUUCAACAACAUCAGCAAUAGAAGUUACAAAAACAACCUCUUUGCAUCUUGUUUUUGGUCUUUGGGAGUUUGAUGCUCUCUCUGUAAGCUUCUUCUUUCCCGGGGAAUUUGGCAAAUGUGCGAGUCAAUCUACGUGCGUGGCUAUGAUUUGGGUUUCUGCGUAGAGAUUUAUUCCCGGUUUUUCAGAGAUGUUUGAUUGGAACGACGAAGAGCUUGCUAUAAUAUGGGGUGAAGGUGGCGAGAGUGGUGACCACAUUGUACCUUAUCCUGAGGCAAGCCAAGAUUUUCGUGACAAAAAGGACUGCAACCAACGAGCUGCUGACAUCAAGCCUACUGAGCAGAGGACUGCUGGGGCAACAAUUGAUUUGCAUGGAAGAAAGCUGGAGAGUGGUUCUGACCUUGACACCAAUGCCAAUAAUGCUGCCAAAACUGAUCAGGAUUUCAUGGGUACUGAAGUGUUUAACAACCUAACUGAUAUUAGCAAAUAUAAAUCAUCAAGAGAUUCAACUCGACUUGAUAACGAUGCUGAAACUUUUCAAAAUACCCAUGAAGAUAGAGAGCAAGGUGAUUUUGUUGGCUAUGAAUGGGCUAACAUUGGAAGCUUUGACGAUUUUGAUCGAAUCUUCAGCAAUGAUGACCCAAUAUUUGGCCAUUCAAGUAUUGGUAAUGCUGAUGCUCAAUGGUCUUCUUCGAAGGAUGUAGCGAACAGCCCAGUAAAAAAUUUCCCAAUAUCUGUGGACUCAACAAGUUUGGAGUCAGGAGAACUAAGAAACUCAUCUGAGCAAUUGGAAAUUAAAUCAAAAUAUUUGAUACAUGAUGACCAGUCAUUGCCCUUUGGCCGUGGGAAAUUUGAAGAUGCCUCACUGCAUGAUAUGCAGAAUGCACAUGCUAUAUCAGAUCCCAUGGAGUAUGCUGGAAAUAAAAGGAAGCCCAUGGUGAAGGAGCGGAUAGAUAUGGACAUGGUGGAGAAAACCUCUGCAGCAACCUCUCGCCUAGGUGCUGAAAAUGUUGUGAACACCAAUGAGUUUACAGAUAAGGGUUCUAGGCAAACAAAAUUGUUGAAAUGUCGGAGAAAGUCAGGAAAAAAUGAGGGAAAGACAUUAUCACAUUUGAAUGGUACCUUGUCUCCCUCGAGAAACCCAUCCAGAAAAUUUGAGAGCCAAUUCGCUCCCUCCAUGCUUCACUCUCCUCCCUCUUCAAUGCUAGGACAACAGAGGCAGCUUCCAGGGGAUGAGUCAUUGCAGUACGGGCAUGUUGCCAAUCCAUUUGUAGCUCCAUCGGCAUGUGGGAAUAUCAUGAAUCCAUAUCCUGCCAUGCCUGUGCAUGCUCUCAUUCAGCCUGAGCAGAAGCACCAACCUUUGCUUUCUGGUUAUGAUGGUACUAAUGGGUGUGCAAAUCCUGUGAGCAAGUCAGUGAACACCCAUGUGAAACCUCUGACCAUGACACCUCAGGAAAAAAUUGAAAAACUAAGGAGGCGGCAGCAGAUUCAGGCCAUGCUUGCCAUUCAGAAACAACAGCAACAAUUCAGUCAUCAAGUCCCUAAUACCAAUAAUUCCAUCACUCAAAGGUGUCUCCAUGAAAGCCAAACUCAGCACUUUGAGGAAGCUGAUCUUGAAGUAGAAGAUAUAAGCACUACUAUGGAUCCAAACUCACCUGUCGAACAAGAUGAUUCCAAUACAGUCUAUGCGGCAGUUGAUUACUCGGUGGACAGAAUACUUUCCAAGCUUCAGGAUACCAUUUCAAAGUUGGACGUGAAAUUAAGACUUUGUAUACGGGAUAGCUUGUUCCGGUUGGCUCAAAGUGCAAUGCAAAGGCAUUAUGCUAGCGAUGCAAGCAGUAAUAACAAAAGUAGCAGGGAUGAAGAUAAAGUCAUUGCAAAAGAUGCCAAUAGUGGUAACAGGUAUUCAGGGAUGCCUGACGUGGAAACGGUGACCAAUCCCAUAGACCGAACCCUGGCUCAUUUGCUCUUUCAUAGCCCUCUGGAAUCACCAGGAAAGCUUCCUGAUACAGCUGAGUCACCUAUGUCUGCAAAGCUUCCAUGCAAACACAAAGUACCAGGCUCAGUAAACUUGUCGAAGUGUACAAAAAGUAAACAAAACUUUCCUCACCAAGGAGCUAAGAAUCCUUACACAUUGUCUGAGCCCCAUCAGCUCAAGAACAGCCCUUGCACAAACACUUCAGAGAAUGCUUCAAACAUUGAGCGUGCAGAUGGUGGAGCUAUGGAGGUUGAAGCCUCCAAAUGAAUGGAGAUAUUUUCAUGAGGAUAAUUCCUACCUUUACGUCUUCCAUGCCUAUUGAUAUGUGUUCCAGACAUAAUUUAUACGGAUUCACUGAUAAAGGCAAUGUCAUCUUUCAUUGUCAGCAUACUGAAUUUCUAUCAAGUAGUAUGUACAAACUAGUUAGUCUA